AAGCACCGGGAGAAUCAGACUAGUUAUUCUCUAUUGAUCCAUGCCUUUGAGCGGGGGAAAGGGCCCUUUCAUUCCCCUAGUCAGUCAUGUUGAGUUCGCAGACACACACACCUGGGUGUGAACAUGAUAUCCUGUACAUUUAAUUCAGACUGUAGGUAUUAUAAAAAUCACGGAUCAAAUGAUUCUAGGUUUCUUUGGAAAAUAAAUUGACGAUCUGGGAAGUGGAGCAUAUUUUUUGGUAAUGUGUUUUGGUAAAAUGUCUGGUAAUAUGUUUGGUAAUAGGCAGGCACUUAUACUAAUACCUUGCCCAUGUCAAUAAUUCUUGUUUCCUUCUUGCCUAUUUGGCAGUUUUUUUUAAUGAGGUUUACGUACAUAAGAACGCGGUUUCAGUGUGUUGGGGUUUUGGUUGCGUCGUUUAUUACUUUGACUUGUUUAAUAAUUUACAGUAGUCCUCUCCUAUCACCAGGUAUCAGUUCCGCACACGCUUGCUACCCACACCUCACCCAGUUCCCCUUGAAGAUAAAACGUCUGUGUCGAUACAGUUCUGGGAUUAUAUGUUGACGUUUCACUAGGCAUAAGUAAAUAUAUUACAAAUUUAACAGGCCGUGGUUGAGAGAACGCUCCGAACAUCAGCAUGUCUGGACUAAAUAGCGACGAGUUGCAUCGCUCUACUUUGGGCAUAUAUAUGAGCCUGAUGGAUCGGUUCAACCCAAGCCUCCAGAAGCUGGUGAGUCUGGGAAACAGCUACAUGCAGGCCUUUCAGGCCCUGGCUGUUUCUAGUGAGGCCUACUUCAGUGCCCUUGCUAAGAUUGGGGAUCAGGCGUUCCACACCAUGUCGUCUCGGUCCAUUGGAGAUGUCCUGAUUCAGAUUUCAGAGAACCAGAGGCGAGUCAUUGGUGAAGUAGAAGGAGUUUUCCGCUGGUUUCACUCUGAGGUGCUUCUUGAAAUGGAGAACAAUGUCAAACUGGACAAGGACUAUAUAGCGGGCAGCAGGAGGCGAUAUGAGCUGGAGGUACGAAGCCAGGCGUCAACCCUGGAGAGGCAGCUGAGGAGAGGUGCUCACCAGGAUGGCAGUGAUUACAUUCAGUUUCUGAGGGAGAGUCAGCGCGAGGCUUUAUUGGAGGAGGAGAGACGAUACCGCUUCCUGGCUGAGAAACACUGUGGUUUCACUCAGUCCAUUAUCCAUCUAAUUAACAAGGCCGGGGCGGGAGAAGGUCUACAGCACAUAACUGAUGUGUGGAGAGAGCAGGUCAACGCCACCAGAAGACCUGCCUCCCAGAACCGCCUCGACCAGGAGAACACUUCCAGAAUGCGGGAGGAGAACAGAGAGAGCCAACGGACCGGCAGAGAGGAGCAGCCUCUGGGAAAAGCGCCCUCCAGGGGCCCGUCUCCCCAGAACACCUGUUCCCGCUCCAGCUCUUUUGGGGAUUCUCUGGGCCUGGGUGAAGCCGGAGGAAAGGGACUUAUGAGAGCCCUGGUGGCCCACCCCGCUCCCCCAAACAAACCCAACCUGCUGCCCUUCUCCCAGGGGGAGGUGGUGAACGUGCUGGUCCAGGAACCCCGCAACGGCUGGCUCUUUGGCCGGGCAGAAAGCAGCUCACGUCAGGGCUGGUUCCCCGCUGCCUUUGUGGGGCCACUGGAGGAAACCCGUCAGUCCACUGGCUCCAGCUCCACCCUCAGGAGCUUUAACACUAUGAGCAACCGGCCAGAGCAAUCAAGAGGCAGCAGCGGACCUCCUCCUCCACCUCCGCCUCCACCCACUAGACAAACAGAGAUGCAUCCAAACACGCCCAACAUGGAGAGGAGAGCGGAACCUCACUUGGACAACAAGAGAGGAGAUCACCACGGGGGCCCUGGGCUAAGCCUCUUCCCAAAGGGUACCAACCCUUUCGCCACUGUCAAGCUGAAGCCAACGUCCACCAAUGACAGGUCGGCUCCGCGGCUCCGUCGUUGAAUCAGUCGCCGUGUACCGGGGGUGCUCGCUGCGCUUCCGGGUCAGCCGUGCUCCGGGUCACCCACACUCCUGUCAGCCGACGGUUUUUGCCACGUCAUCAACUGUGCUUUAUCUUCCGAUGUGAUUCACUGUUCUGUCAAAUAAAUGCCUAUUCAGGCAUGGUGAAAUUUGGCAGGCUUAUAAAGUGUCUGGAUCUCAGCCAUUUUCCUGCAGUGAGGCUCGGGGGCGGGGGGGGGGGCUAUAACCUUCCCAAAUUGCCGGUUAUUGUCGUAAACUCCCCUGACAGAGGCCCAGAUUGCACCCCUACGAAGCCCCCAGGCUUCUACAGUACGUUGUUUAACAGACAAUUAUUGUGUCUAUUAGAUGAUUACAGUGAGACAUGCUAUAUUAUUUUCUACAGUAGGUUAUUUAACAGACAGUUAUUGUGUCUAUUAGAUGAUUACAGUGAGACAUUUUCGAGGUAGCUCAUGUUUGCAAUUACUUUUAAUCAGGGAUAUUUACUGACAUGAUAAUGAACAUGUUUUUGAACUAUUAUUUUCAUUAUUUUCACAGCUAAGACAAAUAUAGGGAUAGAAAUAGUUGUGUUCUGUCAAAUCCUUUUUGUGUUGGUGUUUUCAGGGCUAACUUUAUUCUGGUGUUACCUUCACACAGACAAUAAUGCUACAUUAAACCAAAACCAGACAUCAAGGCAUAGCAAGUGAGUUUGAGCUCUUUAAGUUAAAUCCUUUCUGGGAUUUCUUCGUCACUGGUUGUAAAUGUGGCGCUGUCAAGCAAAAACUGCUCCCAUACAAUUGUGCCAUGUAAUGCAUGUCCCAUGUAUUCCAAACUUGGAACUGAAGUAUGAUGGUGAUUCUAUGUAAAGAUGAUGCUCGUAUGGGCUAAAUAUUAUACAUAAAUCCUAAAUGGUUUUGAAACAAAAAGUUAAUUGCAAAAAUCCUAGACUGCACCUUUAACAUUGCAAUUUUCUAGUGCCUAUAAUGUGUUUGUUUAUCUGUAUAUGUUUGUGUUUGUUUAUCUGUACAUGUCUGUUUGUUCUCUCAUGCACAUAGUAGAGUGACCUGUAGAGAAUUACCUGGGGGUUGCCAGUUCAAGUCAAUCACUGUGGAUAGCUAUUGUAAAUCAGCCUGGGAGGACAGCUGUGAAAAUGAUGACAGUAUUGAGCUGUGUGUGAUUGCUGCAACAAUGACGUUUUAUUUGACUACUGCUAGAAUAAAAAGGGCACCUGCUUUUCAGAUUGUUCUCAGUUA